AUGGUACUGGGAGGAUGUCUGAUGUGUGGUUCAAUCAUUGGAUAUACGACGCCAUUGGGCUUACAAAAUUCACUGGUGGGAAUCUCAAGCAUUGGAGAAAGCUGUGUGGCAGAGUUGCAACAGGGGGUAUGUUCCGGGUUGUAUGCAAGAGAUUUAUCGGAAUCAGAAAUUAAGGCGGAUUCUGAAUCAGAAGUUGAGCUGGCAUCGGAAUCAAAAGCUGACUUAGCAUCAGAGUCAUCAGAAGAGGAAGCAGAUAAGGCCUCUUCUUCUUCCGAAGGUGCUGCUGAUGAAGCUUCAUCUUCAUCUGAGGAUGCUCUUGACAAGGCCUCGUCUUCUUCCGAAGCUGCUGCUGAUGAAGCUUCAUCUUCAUCUGAGGAUGCUCUUGACAAGGCUUCUUCUUCGUCUGAAGCUGCUGCUGAUGAAGCAUCUUCUUCAUCUGAGGAUGCACUUGAUAAGGCCUCUUCUUCUUCCGAAGCUGCUGCUGAUGAAGCAUCUUCUUCAUCUGAAAAUGCUCUUGACAAGGCCUCUUCUUCUUCUGAAGCUGCUGCUGAUGAAGCUUCAUCUUCAUCUGAGGAUGCUCUUGACAAGGCCUCUUCUUCAUCUGAAGCUGCUGCUGAUGAAGCAUCUUCUUCAUCUGAAGAUGCUCUUGACAAGGCCUCUUCUUCGUCUGAAGCUGCUGCUGAUGAAGCUUCAUCUUCAUCUGAGGAUGCUCUCGACAAGGCCUCUUCUUCUUCCGAAGCUGCUGCUGAUGAAGCUUCAUCUUCAUCUGAGGAUGCUCUCGACAAGGCCUCUUCUUCUUCCGAAGCUGCUGCUGAUGAAGCUUCAUCUUCAUCUGAGGAUGCUCUUGACAAGGCCUCUUCUUCAUCUGAGGCUGCUGCUGAUGAAGCUUCAUCUUCAUCUGAGGAUGCACUUGAUAAGGCCUCUUCUUCAUCUGAGGCUGCUGCUGAUGAAGCUUCAUCUUCAUCUGAGGAUGCACUUGAUAAGGCCUCUUCUUCUUCCGAAGCUGCUGCCGAUGAAGGAUCCUCAUCUUCUGAAAAUGCACUUGAUAAGGCCUCUUCUUCAUCUGAGGCUGCUGCUGAUGAAGCUUCAUCUUCAUCUGAGGAUGCUCUUGACAAGGCUUCUUCUUCGUCUGAAGCUGCUGCUGAUGAAGCAUCUUCUUCAUCUGAGGAUGCUCUUGACAAGGCCUCUUCUUCGUCUGAAGCUGCUGCUGAUGAAGCUUCAUCUUCUUCUGAAAAUGCUCUUGAUAAGGCCUCUUCUUCGUCUGAAGCUGCUGCUGAUGAAGGAUCCUCAUCUUCUGAAAAUGCUCUUGACAAGGCCUCUUCUUCUUCUGAAGCUGCUGCUGAUGAAGCUUCAUCUUCAUCUGAGGAUGCUCUUGACAAGGCCUCUUCUUCAUCUGAAGCUGCUGCUGAUGAAGCAUCUUCUUCAUCUGAGGAUGCUCUCGACAAGGCCUCUUCUUCUUCCGAAGCUGCUGCUGAUGAAACUUCAUCUUCAUCUGAGGAUGCUCUCGACAAGGCCUCUUCUUCUUCCGAAGCUGCUGCUGAUGAAGCUUCAUCUUCAUCUGAGGAUGCUCUCGACAAGGCCUCUUCUUCUUCCGAAGCUGCUGCUGAUGAAGCUUCAUCUUCAUCUGAGGAUGCUCUUGACAAGGCCUCUUCUUCAUCUGAGGCUGCUGCUGAUGAAGCUUCAUCUUCAUCUGAGGAUGCACUUGAUAAGGCCUCUUCUUCAUCUGAGGCUGCUGCUGAUGAAGCUUCAUCUUCAUCUGAGGAUGCACUUGAUAAGGCCUCUUCUUCUUCCGAAGCUGCUGCUGAUGAAGCAUCUUCUUCAUCUGAGGAUGCUCUUGACAAGGCCUCUUCUUCGUCUGAAGCUGCUGCUGAUGAAGCUUCAUCUUCUUCUGAAAAUGCUCUUGAUAACGCCUCUUCUUCGUCUGAAGCUGCUGCUGAUGAAGGAUCCUCAUCUUCUGAAAAUGCUCUUGACAAGGCCUCUUCUUCUUCUGAAGCAGCUGCUGAUGAAGCAUCUUCUUCAUCUGAGGAUGCUCUUGACAAGGCCUCUUCUUCUUCCGCAGCUGCUGCCGAUGAAGGAUCCUCAUCUUCUGAAAAUGCUCUUGACAAGGCCUCUUCUUCUUCUGAAGCAGCUGCUGAUGAAGCAUCUUCUUCAUCUGAAAAUGCUCUUGACAAGGCCUCUUCUUCGUCUGAAGCUGCUGCUGAUGAAGGAUCCUCAUCUUCUGAAAAUGCUCUUGACAAGGCCUCUUCUUCUUCUGAAGCUGCUGCCGAUGAAGGAUCCUCAUCUUCUGAAAAUGCACUUGAUAAGGCCUCUUCUUCUUCCGAAGCUGCUGCUGAUGAAGCUUCAUCUUCAUCUGAGGAUGCUCUUGACAAGGCUUCUUCUUCGUCUGAAGCUGCUGCUGAUGAAGCAUCUUCUUCAUCUGAGGAUGCACUUGAUAAGGCCUCUUCUUCUUCCGAAGCUGCUGCUGAUGAAGCAUCUUCUUCAUCUGAAAAUGCUCUUGACAAGGCCUCUUCUUCUUCUGAAGCUGCUGCUGAUGAAGGAUCCUCAUCUUCUGAAAAUGCUCUUGACAAGGUUUCUUCUUCGUCUGAAGCUGCUGCUGAUGAAGCAUCUUCUUCAUCUGAGGAUGCACUUGAUAAGGCCUCUUCUUCUUCCGAAGCUGCUGCUGAUGAAGCAUCUUCUUCAUCUGAAAAUGCUCUUGACAAGGCCUCUUCUUCUUCUGAAGCUGCUGCUGAUGAAGCUUCAUCUUCAUCUGAGGAUGCUCUUGACAAGGCCUCUUCUUCUUCCGAAGCUGCUGCUGAUGAAGCAUCAUCUUCUUCUGAAAAUGCUCUUGAUAAGGCCUCUUCUUCGUCUGAAGCUGCUGCUGAUGAAGCUUCAUCUUCAUCUGAGGAUGCACUUGAUAAGGCCUCUUCUUCUUCCGAAGCUGCUGCUGAUGAAGCUUCAUCUUCAUCUGAGGAUGCUCUUGACAAGGCCUCUUCUUCUUCCGAAGCUGCUGCUGAUGAAGCUUCAUCUUCAUCUGAGGAUGCUCUUGACAAGGCUUCUUCUUCGUCUGAAGCUGCUGCUGAUGAAGCAUCUUCUUCAUCUGAGGAUGCACUUGAUAAGGCCUCUUCUUCUUCCGAAGCUGCUGCUGAUGAAGCAUCUUCUUCAUCUGAAAAUGCUCUUGACAAGGCCUCUUCUUCUUCUGAAGCUGCUGCUGAUGAAGCUUCAUCUUCAUCUGAGGAUGCUCUUGACAAGGCCUCUUCUUCUUCCGAAGCUGCUGCUGAUGAAGCUUCAUCUUCAUCUGAGGAUGCUCUUGACAAGGCCUCUUCUUCAUCUGAGGCUGCUGCUGAUGAAGCUUCAUCUUCAUCUGAGGAUGCACUUGAUAAGGCCUCUUCUUCAUCUGAGGCUGCUGCUGAUGAAGCUUCAUCUUCAUCUGAGGAUGCACUUGAUAAGGCCUCUUCUUCUUCCGAAGCUGCUGCUGAUGAAGCAUCUUCUUCAUCUGAGGAUGCUCUCGACAAGGCCUCUUCUUCUUCCGAAGCUGCUGCUGAUGAAGGAUCCUCAUCUUCUGAAAAUGCUCUUGACAAGGCUUCUUCUUCGUCUGAAGCUGCUGCUGAUGAAGCAUCUUCUUCAUCUGAGGAUGCACUUGAUAAGGCCUCUUCUUCUUCCGAAGCUGCUGCUGAUGAAGCAUCUUCUUCAUCUGAAAAUGCUCUUGACAAGGCCUCUUCUUCUUCUGAAGCUGCUGCUGAUGAAGCUUCAUCUUCAUCUGAGGAUGCUCUUGACAAGGCCUCUUCUUCUUCUGAAGCUGCUGCUGAUGAAGGAUCCUCAUCUUCUGAAAAUGCUCUUGACAAGGCCUCUUCUUCUUCCGAAGCUGCUGCUGAUGAAGCAUCUUCUUCAUCUGAAAAUGCUCUUGACAAGGCCUCUUCUUCUUCUGAAGCUGCUGCUGAUGAAGCUUCAUCUUCAUCUGAGGAUGCUCUUGACAAGGCCUCUUCUUCUUCCGAAGCUGCUGCUGAUGAAGCAUCAUCUUCUUCUGAAAAUGCUCUUGAUAAGGCCUCUUCUUCUUCUGAAGCUGCUGCUGAUGAAGCUUCAUCUUCAUCUGAGGAUGCUCUUGACAAGGCCUCUUCUUCUUCCGAAGCUGCUGCUGAUGAAGCAUCAUCUUCUUCUGAAAAUGCUCUUGAUAAGGCCUCUUCUUCGUCUGAAGCUGCUGCUGAUGAAGCUUCAUCUUCAUCUGAGGAUGCACUUGAUAAGGCCUCUUCUUCUUCCGAAGCUGCUGCUGAUGAAGCUUCAUCUUCAUCUGAGGAUGCUCUUGAUAAGGCCUCUUCUUCUUCCGAAGCUGCUGCUGAUGAAGCUUCAUCUUCAUCUGAGGAUGCUCUUGAUAAGGCCUCUUCUUCUUCCGAAGCUGCUGCUGAUGAAGCUUCAUCUUCAUCUGAGGAUGCUCUUGACAAGGCCUCUUCUUCAUCUGAAGCUGCUGCUGAUGAAGCAUCUUCUUCAUCUGAAGAUGCUCUUGACAAGGCCUCUUCUUCAUCUGAGGCUGCUGCUGAUGAAGCUUCAUCUUCAUCUGAGGAUGCACUUGAUAAGGCCUCUUCUUCUUCCGAAGCUGCUGCCGAUGAAGGAUCCUCAUCUUCUGAAAAUGCACUUGAUAAGGCCUCUUCUUCAUCUGAGGCUGCUGCUGAUGAAGCUUCAUCUUCAUCUGAGGAUGCUCUUGACAAGGCCUCUUCUUCUUCCGAAGCUGCUGCUGAUGAAGCAUCAUCUUCUUCUGAAAAUGCUCUUGAUAAGGCCUCUUCUUCGUCUGAAGCUGCUGCUGAUGAAGCUUCAUCUUCAUCUGAGGAUGCACUUGAUAAGGCCUCUUCUUCUUCCGAAGCUGCUGCUGAUGAAGCUUCAUCUUCAUCUGAGGAUGCUCUUGAUAAGGCCUCUUCUUCAUCUGAGGCUGCUGCUGAUGAAGCUUCAUCUUCAUCUGAGGAUGCACUUGACAAGGCCUCUUCUUCUUCUGAAGCUGCUGCUGAUGAAGCUUCAUCUUCAUCUGAGGAUGCUCUUGAUAAGGCCUCUUCUUCUUCUGAAGCUGCUGCUGAUGAAGCUUCAUCUUCAUCUGAGGAUGCUCUCGACAAGGCCUCUUCUUCUUCCGAAGCUGCUGCUGAUGAAGCUUCAUCUUCUUCUGAAAAUGCUCUUGAUAAGGCCUCUUCUUCGUCUGAAGCUGCUGCUGAUGAAGCUUCAUCUUCAUCUGAGGAUGCACUUGAUAAGGCCUCUUCUUCUUCCGAAGCUGCUGCCGAUGAAGGAUCCUCAUCUUCUGAAAAUGCACUUGAUAAGGCCUCUUCUUCAUCUGAGGCUGCUGCUGAUGAAGCUUCAUCUUCAUCUGAGGAUGCACUUGACAAGGCCUCUUCUUCUUCUGAAGCUGCUGCUGAUGAAGCUUCAUCUUCAUCUGAGGAUGCUCUUGAUAAGGCCUCUUCUUCUUCUGAAGCUGCUGCUGAUGAAGCUUCAUCUUCAUCUGAGGAUGCUCUCGACAAGGCCUCUUCUUCUUCCGAAGCUGCUGCUGAUGAAGCUUCAUCUUCUUCUGAAAAUGCUCUUGAUAAGGCCUCUUCUUCAUCUGAGGCUGCUGCUGAUGAAGCUUCAUCUUCAUCUGAGGAUGCACUUGAUAAGGCCUCUUCUUCAUCUGAGGCUGCUGCUGAUGAAGCUUCAUCUUCAUCUGAGGAUGCACUUGAUAAGGCCUCUUCUUCUUCCGAAGCUGCUGCCGAUGAAGGAUCCUCAUCUUCUGAAAAUGCACUUGAUAAGGCCUCUUCUUCAUCUGAGGCUGCUGCUGAUGAAGCUUCAUCUUCAUCUGAGGAUGCUCUUGACAAGGCCUCUUCUUCUUCCGAAGCUGCUGCUGAUGAAGCUUCAUCUUCAUCUGAGGAUGCUCUUGAUAAGGCCUCUUCUUCAUCUGAGGCUGCUGCUGAUGAAGCUUCAUCUUCAUCUGAGGAUGCUCUUGAUAAGGCCUCUUCUUCAUCUGAGGCUGCUGCUGAUGAAGCUUCAUCUUCAUCUGAGGAUGCACUUGACAAGGCCUCUUCUUCUUCUGAAGCUGCUGCUGAUGAAGCUUCAUCUUCAUCUGAGGAUGCUCUUGAUAAGGCCUCUUCUUCUUCUGAAGCUGCUGCUGAUGAAGCUUCAUCUUCAUCUGAGGAUGCUCUCGACAAGGCCUCUUCUUCUUCCGAAGCUGCUGCUGAUGAAGCUUCAUCUUCAUCUGAGGAUGCACUUGAUAAGGCCUCUUCUUCAUCUGAGGCUGCUGUUGAUGAAGCUUCAUCUUCAUCUGAGGAUGCACUUGAUAAGGCCUCUUCUUCUUCCGAAGCUGCUGCCGAUGAAGGAUCCUCAUCUUCUGAAAAUGCUCUUGACAAGGCUUCUUCUUCGUCUGAAGCUGCUGCUGAUGAAGCAUCUUCUUCAUCUGAGGAUGCACUUGAUAAGGCCUCUUCUUCUUCCGAAGCUGCUGCUGAUGAAGCAUCUUCUUCAUCUGAAAAUGCUCUUGACAAGGCCUCUUCUUCUUCCGAAGCUGCUGCUGAUGAAGCAUCAUCUUCUUCUGAAAAUGCUCUUGAUAAGGCCUCUUCUUCGUCUGAAGCUGCUGCUGAUGAAGCUUCAUCUUCAUCUGAGGAUGCACUUGAUAAGGCCUCUUCUUCUUCCGAAGCUGCUGCUGAUGAAGCUUCAUCUUCAUCUGAGGAUGCUCUUGACAAGGCCUCUUCUUCAUCUGAGGCUGCUGCUGAUGAAGCUUCAUCUUCAUCUGAGGAUGCUCUUGACAAGGCUUCUUCUUCGUCUGAAGCUGCUGCUGAUGAAGCAUCUUCUUCAUCUGAGAAUGCACUUGAUAAGGCCUCUUCUUCUUCCGAAGCUGCUGCUGAUGAAGCAUCUUCUUCAUCUGAGGAUGCUCUCGACAAGGCCUCUUCUUCUUCCGAAGCUGCUGCUGAUGAAGCUUCAUCUUCAUCUGAGGAUGCUCUUGAUAAAGCCUCUUCUUCAUCUGAGGCUGCUGCUGAUGAAGCUUCAUCUUCAUCUGAGGAUGCACUUGAUAAGGCCUCUUCUUCAUCUGAAGCUGCUGCUGAUGAAGGAUCCUCAUCUUCUGAAAAUGCACUUGAUAAGGCCUCUUCUUCAUCUGAGGCUGCUGCUGAUGAAGCUUCAUCUUCAUCUGAGGAUGCACUUGACAAGGCCUCUUCUUCUUCUGAAGCUGCUGCUGAUGAAGCAUCUUCUUCAUCUGAAAAUGCUCUUGAUAAGGCCUCUUCUUCAUCUGAGGCUGCUGCUGAUGAAGCUUCAUCUUCAUCUGAGGAUGCUCUUGACAAGGCCUCUUCUUCUUCCGAAGCUGCUGCCGAUGAAGGAUCCUCAUCUUCUGAAAAUGCUCUUGACAAGGCCUCUUCUUCUUCUGAAGCAGCUGCUGAUGAAGCAUCUUCUUCAUCUGAGGAUGCUCUUGACAAGGCCUCUUCUUCUUCCGAAGCUGCUGCUGAUGAAGCUUCAUCUUCAUCUGAAAAUGCUCUUGAUAAGGCCUCUUCUUCGUCUGAAGCUGCUGCUGAUGAAGGAUCCUCAUCUUCUGAAAAUGCUCUUGACAAGGCCUCUUCUUCUUCUGAAGCAGCUGCUGAUGAAGCAUCUUCUUCAUCUGAGGAUGCUCUUGACAAGGCCUCUUCUUCUUCCGCAGCUGCUGCCGAUGAAGGAUCCUCAUCUUCUGAAAAUGCUCUUGACAAGGCCUCUUCUUCUUCUGAAGCAGCUGCUGAUGAAGCAUCUUCUUCAUCUGAGGAUGCUCUUGACAAGGCCUCUUCUUCGUCUGAAGCUGCUGCUGAUGAAGCAUCUUCUUCAUCUGAGGAUGCACUUGAUAAGGCCUCUUCUUCUUCCGAAGCUGCUGCUGAUGAAGCUUCAUCUUCAUCUGAGGAUGCUCUUGACAAGGCCUCUUCUUCAUCUGAAGCUGCUGCUGAUGAAGCAUCUUCUUCAUCUGUAGAUGCUCUUGAUAAGGCCUCUUCUUCUUCCGAAGCUGCUGCUGAUGAAGGAUCCUCAUCUUCUGAAAAUGCUCUUGACAAGGCCUCUUCUUCUUCUGAAGCAGCUGCUGAUGAAGCAUCUUCUUCAUCUGAGGAUGCUCUUGACAAGGCCUCUUCUUCUUCCGCAGCUGCUGCCGAUGAAGGAUCCUCAUCUUCUGAAAAUGCACUUGAUAAGGCCUCUUCUUCUUCCGAAGCUGCUGCUGAUGAAGCAUCUUCUUCAUCUGAGGAUGCACUUGAUAAGGCCUCUUCUUCUUCCGAAGCUGCUGCUGAUGAAGCAUCUUCUUCAUCUGAGGAUGCUCUCGACAAGGCCUCUUCUUCUUCCGAAGCUGCUGCUGAUGAAGCAUCUUCUUCAUCUGAGGAUGCUCUCGACAAGGCCUCUUCUUCUUCCGAAGCUGCUGCUGAUGAAGCUUCAUCUUCAUCUGAGGAUGCUCUUGAUAACGCCUCUUCUUCGUCUGAAGCUGCUGCUGAUGAAGCAUCUUCUUCAUCUGAGGAUGCUCUCGACAAGGCCUUUUCUUCUUCCGAAGCUGCUGCUGAUGAAGCUUCAUCUUCAUCUGAGGAUGCUCUUGACAAGGCCUCUUCUUCAUCUGAAGCUGCUGCUGAUGAAGCAUCUUCUUCAUCUGAAGAUGCUCUUGAUAAGGCCUCUUCUUCUUCCGAAGCUGCUGCUGAUGAAGCUUCAUCUUCAUCUGAAAAUGCUCUUGAUAAGGCCUCUUCUUCUUCCGAAGCUGCUGCUGAUGAAGCAUCUUCUUCAUCUGAAAAUGCUCUUGACAAGGCCUCUUCUUCUUCCGAAGCUGCUGCUGAUGAAGCUUCAUCUUCAUCUGAGGAUGCUCUUGACAAGGCCUCUUCUUCAUCUGAAGCUGCUGCUGAUGAAGCAUCUUCUUCAUCUGAAGAUGCUCUUGACAAGGCCUCUUCUUCGUCUGAAGCUGCUGCUGAUGAAGCUUCAUCUUCAUCUGAGGAUGCUCUUGAUAAGGCCUCUUCUUCUUCCGAAGCUGCUGCUGAUGAAGCUCCAUCUUCAUCUGAGGAUGCUCUUGACAAGGCCUCUUCUUCUUCCGAAGCUGCUGCUGAUGAAGCUUCAUCUUCAUCUGAGGAUGCUCUUGACAAGGCCUCUUCUUCUUCUGAAGCUGCUGCUGAUGAAGCUUCAUCUUCAUCUGAGGAUGCUCUUGAUAAGGCCUCUUCUUCUUCCGAAGCUGCUGCUGAUGAAGCUUCAUCUUCAUCUGAGGAUGCUCUUGAUAAGGCCUCUUCUUCUUCUGAAGCAGCUGCUGAUGAAGCAUCUUCUUCAUCUGAAAAUGCUCUUGACAAGGCCUCUUCUUCGUCUGAAGCUGCUGCCGAUGAAGGAUCCUCAUCUUCUGAAAAUGCACUUGAUAAGGCCUCUUCUUCUUCCGAAGCUGCUGCUGAUGAAGCUUCAUCUUCAUCUGAGGAUGCUCUUGACAAGGCUUCUUCUUCGUCUGAAGCUGCUGCUGAUGAAGCAUCUUCUUCAUCUGAGGAUGCACUUGAUAAGGCCUCUUCUUCUUCCGAAGCUGCUGCUGAUGAAGCAUCUUCUUCAUCUGAAAAUGCUCUUGACAAGGCCUCUUCUUCUUCUGAAGCUGCUGCUGAUGAAGGAUCCUCAUCUUCUGAAAAUGCUCUUGACAAGGCCUCUUCUUCAUCUGAAGCUGCUGCUGAUGAAGCAUCUUCUUCAUCUGAAGAUGCUCUUGACAAGGCCUCUUCUUCGUCUGAGGCUGCUGCUGAUGAAGCUUCAUCUUCAUCUGAGGAUGCACUUGAUAAGGCCUCUUCUUCUUCCGAAGCUGCUGCCGAUGAAGGAUCCUCAUCUUCUGAAAAUGCUCUUGACAAGGCUUCUUCUUCGUCUGAAGCUGCUGCUGAUGAAGCUUCAUCUUCAUCUGAGGAUGCUCUUGACAAGGCCUCUUCUUCUUCCGAAGCUGCUGCUGAUGAAGCUUCAUCUUCAUCUGAGGAUGCUCUUGAUAAGGCCUCUUCUUCAUCUGAGGCUGCUGCUGAUGAAGCUUCAUCUUCAUCUGAGGAUGCUCUUGACAAGGCCUCUUCUUCAUCUGAGGCUGCUGCUGAUGAAGCUUCAUCUUCAUCUGAGGAUGCACUUGACAAGGCCUCUUCUUCUUCUGAAGCUGCUGCUGAUGAAGCUUCAUCUUCAUCUGAGGAUGCUCUUGAUAAGGCCUCUUCUUCUUCCGAAGCUGCUGCUGAUGAAGCUUCAUCUUCAUCUGAGGAUGCUCUCGACAAGGCCUCUUCUUCUUCCGAAGCUGCUGCUGAUGAAGCUUCAUCUUCAUCUGAGGAUGCUCUUGACAAGGCCUCUUCUUCAUCUGAGGCUGCUGCUGAUGAAGCUUCAUCUUCAUCUGAGGAUGCACUUGAUAAGGCCUCUUCUUCUUCCGAAGCUGCUGCCGAUGAAGGAUCCUCAUCUUCUGAAAAUGCUCUUGACAAGGCUUCUUCUUCGUCUGAAGCUGCUGCUGAUGAAGCAUCUUCUUCAACUGAGGAUGCACUUGAUAAGGCCUCUUCUUCUUCCGAAGCUGCUGCUGAUGAAGCAUCUUCUUCAUCUGAAAAUGCUCUUGACAAGGCCUCUUCUUCUUCUGAAGCUGCUGCUGAUGAAGCUUCAUCUUCAUCUGAGGAUGCUCUUGACAAGGCCUCUUCUUCUUCCGAAGCUGCUGCUGAUGAAGCAUCAUCUUCUUCUGAAAAUGCUUUUGAUAAGGCCUCUUCUUUGUCUGAAGCUGCUGCUGAUGAAGCUUCAUCUUCAUCUGAGGAUGAUCUUGAUAAGGCCUCUUCUUCUUCCGAAGCUGCUGCUGAUGAAGCUUCAUCUUCAUCUGAGGAUGCUCUUGACAAGGCCUCUUCUUCAUCUGAGGCUGCUGCUGAUGAAGCUUCAUCUUCAUCUGAGGAUGCUCUUGACAAGGCUUCUUCUUCGUCUGAAGCUGCUGCUGAUGAAGCAUCUUCUUCAUCUGAGAAUGCACUUGAUAAGGCCUCUUCUUCUUCCGAAGCUGCUGCUGAUGAAGCAUCUUCUUCAUCUGAGGAUGCUCUCGACAAGGCCUCUUCUUCUUCCGAAGCUGCUGCUGAUGAAGCUUCAUCUUCAUCUGAGGAUGCUCUUGAUAAGGCCUCUUCUUCAUCUGAGGCUGCUGCUGAUGAAGCUUCAUCUUCAUCUGAGGAUGCACUUGAUAAGGCCUCUUCUUCAUCUGAAGCAGCUGCUGAUGAAGCAUCUUCUUCAUCUGAGGAUGCUCUUGACAAGGCCUCUUCUUCGUCUGAAGCUGCUGCUGAUGAAGCAUCUUCUUCAUCUGAGGAUGCACUUGAUAAGGCCUCUUCUUCUUCCGAAGCUGCUGCUGAUGAAGCUUCAUCUUCAUCUGAAAAUGCUCUUGACAAGGCCUCUUCUUCUUCCGAAGCUGCUGCUGAUGAAGCUUCAUCUUCAUCUGAGGAUGCACUUGAUAAGGCCUCUUCUUCUUCCGAAGCUGCUGCCGAUGAAGGAUCCUCAUCUUCUGAAAAUGCUCUUGACAAGGCCUCUUCUUCAUCUGAGGCUGCUGCUGAUGAAGCUUCAUCUUCAUCUGAGGAUGCACUUGAUAAGGCCUCUUCUUCUUCCGAAGCUGCUGCUGAUGAAGCAUCUUCUUCAUCUGAGGAUGCUCUCGACAAGGCCUCUUCUUCUUCCGAAGCUGCUGCUGAUGAAGCUUCAUCUUCAUCUGAGGAUGCACUUGAUAAGGCCUCUUCUUCUUCCGAAGCUGCUGCCGAUGAAGGAUCCUCAUCUUCUGAAAAUGCUCUUGACAAGGCCUCUUCUUCUUCUGAAGCAGCUGCUGAUGAAGCAUCUUCUUCAUCUGAGGAUGCUCUUGACAAGGCCUCUUCUUCUUCCGAAGCUGCUGCUGAUGAAGCAUCAUCUUCUUCUGAAAAUGCUUUUGAUAAGGCCUCUUCUUCUUCUGAAGCUGCUGCUGAUGAAGCUUCAUCUUCAUCUGAGGAUGCACUUGAUAAGGCCUCUUCUUCUUCCGAAGCUGCUGCUGAUGAAGCUUCAUCUUCAUCUGAGGAUGCUCUUGACAAGGCCUCUUCUUCUUCCGAAGCUGCUGCUGAUGAAGCUUCAUCUUCAUCUGAGGAUGCUCUUGACAAGGCUUCUUCUUCGUCUGAAGCUGCUGCUGAUGAAGCAUCUUCUUCAUCUGAGGAUGCACUUGAUAAGGCCUCUUCUUCUUCCGAAGCUGCUGCUGAUGAAGCUUCAUCUUCAUCUGAAAAUGCUCUUGAUAAGGCCUCUUCUUCAUCUGAGGCUGCUGCUGAUGAAGCUUCAUCUUCAUCUGAGGAUGCACUUGAUAAGGCCUCUUCUUCUUCUGAAGCAGCUGCUGAUGAAGCAUCUUCUUCAUCUGAGGAUGCUCUUGACAAGGCCUCUUCUUCUUCCGCAGCUGCUGCCGAUGAAGGAUCCUCAUCUUCUGAAAAUGCUCUUGACAAGGCCUCUUCUUCUUCUGAAGCAGCUGCUGAUGAAGCAUCUUCUUCAUCUGAGGAUGCUCUUGACAAGGCCUCUUCUUCUUCCGAAGCUGCUGCCGAUGAAGGAUCCUCAUCUUCUGAAAAUGCUCUUGACAAGGCCUCUUCUUCAUCUGAAGCUGCUGCUGAUGAAGCAUCUUCUUCAUCUGAAGAUGCUCUUGACAAGGCCUCUUCUUCGUCUGAGGCUGCUGCUGAUGAAGCUUCAUCUUCAUCUGAGGAUGCACUUGAUAAGGCCUCUUCUUCUUCCGAAGCUGCUGCCGAUGAAGGAUCCUCAUCUUCUGAAAAUGCUCUUGACAAGGCUUCUUCUUCUUCCGAAGCUGCUGCUGAUGAAGCUUCAUCUUCAUCUGAGGAUGCACUUGAUAAGGCCUCUUCUUCUUCCGAAGCUGCUGCUGAUGAAGCAUCUUCUUCAUCUGAAAAUGCUCUUGACAAGGCCUCUUCUUCUUCUGAAGCUGCUGCUGAUGAAGCUUCAUCUUCAUCUGAGGAUGCUCUUGACAAGGCCUCUUCUUCUUCCGAAGCUGCUGCUGAUGAAGCAUCAUCUUCUUCUGAAAAUGCUUUUGAUAAGGCCUCUUCUUUGUCUGAAGCUGCUGCUGAUGAAGCUUCAUCUUCAUCUGAGGAUGAUCUUGAUAAGGCCUCUUCUUCUUCCGAAGCUGCUGCUGAUGAAGCAUCUUCUUCAUCUGAGGAUGCUCUCGACAAGGCCUCUUCUUCUUCCGAAGCUGCUGCUGAUGAAGCUUCAUCUUCAUCUGAGGAUGCUCUUGACAAGGCCUCUUCUUCUUCUGAAGCUGCUGCUGAUGAAGCUUCAUCUUCAUCUGAGGAUGCUCUUGAUAAGGCCUCUUCUUCUUCCGAAGCUGCUGCUGAUGAAGCUUCAUCUUCAUCUGAGGAUGCUCUCGACAAGGCCUCUUCUUCUUCCGAAGCUGCUGCUGAUGAAGCUUCAUCUUCAUCUGAGGAUGCUCUUGAUAAGGCCUCUUCUUCAUCUGAGGCUGCUGCUGAUGAAGCUUCAUCUUCAUCUGAGGAUGCACUUGAUAAGGCCUCUUCUUCUUCCGAAGCUGCUGCUGAUGAAGCAUCUUCUUCAUCUGAGGAUGCUCUCGACAAGGCCUCUUCUUCUUCCGAAGCUGCUGCUGAUGAAGCUUCAUCUUCAUCUGAGGAUGCACUUGAUAAGGCCUCUUCUUCUUCCGAAGCUGCUGCCGAUGAAGGAUCCUCAUCUUCUGAAAAUGCUCUUGACAAGGCCUCUUCUUCUUCUGAAGCAGCUGCUGAUGAAGCAUCUUCUUCAUCUGAGGAUGCUCUUGACAAGGCCUCUUCUUCUUCCGCAGCUGCUGCCGAUGAAGGAUCCUCAUCUUCUGAAAAUGCUCUUGACAAGGCCUCUUCUUCUUCUGAAGCAGCUGCUGAUGAAGCAUCUUCUUCAUCUGAGGAUGCUCUUGACAAGGCCUCUUCUUCUUCCGAAGCUGCUGCCGAUGAAGGAUCCUCAUCUUCUGAAAAUGCUCUUGACAAGGCUUCUUCUUCUUCUGAAGCUGCUGCUGAUGAAGCAUCUUCUUCAUCUGAGGAUGCUCUUGAUAAGGCCUCUUCUUCUUCCGAAGCUGCUGUUGAUGAAGCAUCUUCUUCAUCUGAGUCCUCUGAAUCUGUUUUUGUGUCUGAAUCUUCUGAAUCAGCUUCUGUUUCUGAGUCCUCCCAGUCUGCCUCCGAGUCUUCUCUAUCCGCAUCUGUUUCUGAGUCCUCUCAAUCUGCUUCUGAAUCUUCUGAAUCUUUUGAAUCUGCUUCACAAUCUUCUGAAUCUUCUUUUGUUUCUGAGUCUUCCGAAUCUGCUUCUGUUUCUGAGUCUUCCGCAUCCGGUUCUGUUUCUGAGUCCUCUCAAUCUGCAUCUGAGUCUUCUGAAUCUGCUUCUGUUUCUGAAUCUUCUUUUGUUUCUCAGACUUCCGAAUCUGCUUCUGUUUCUGAGUCCUCCCAGUCUGCCUCCGAGUCUUCUCUAUCCGCAUCUGUUUCUGAGUCCUCUCAAUCUGCAUUUGAGUCUUCUGAAUCUGCUUCUGAAUCUUCUGAAUCUUUUGAAUCUGCUUCACAAUCUUCUGAAUCUUCUUUUGUUUCUGAGUCUUCCGAAUCUGCUUCUGUUUCUGAGUCUUCCGCAUCCGGUUCUGUUUCUGAGUCCUCUCAAUCUGCAUCUGAGUCUUCUGAAUCUGCUUCUGUUUCUGAAUCUUCUUUUGUUUCUCAGACUUCCGAAUCUGCUUCUGUUUCUGAGUCCUCCCAGUCUGCCUCCGAGUCUUCUCUAUCCGCAUCUGUUUCUGAGUCCUCUCAAUCUGCAUUUGAGUCUUCUGAAUCUGCUUCUGAAUCUUCUGAAUCUUUUGAAUCUGCUUCACAAUCUUCUGAAUCUUCUUUUGUUUCUGAGUCUUCCGAAUCUGCUUCUGUUUCUGAGUCUUCCGCAUCCGGUUCUGUUUCUGAGUCCUCUCAAUCUGCAUCUGAGUCUUCUGAAUCUGCUUCUGUUUCUGAAUCUUCUUUUGUUUCUCAGACUUCCGAAUCUGCUUCUGUUUCUGAGUCCUCCCAGUCUGCCUCCGAGUCUUCUCUAUCCGCAUCUGUUUCUGAGUCCUCUCAAUCUGCAUUUGAGUCUUCUGAAUCUGCUUCUGAAUCUUCUGAAUCUUUUGAAUCUGCUUCACAAUCUUCUGAAUCUUCUUUUGUUUCUGAGUCUUCCGAAUCUGCUUCUGUUUCUGAGUCUUCCGCAUCCGGUUCUGUUUCUGAGUCCUCUCAAUCUGCAUCUGAGUCUUCUGAAUCUGCUUCUGUUUCUGAAUCUUCUUUUGUUUCUCAGACUUCCGAAUCUGCUUCUGUGUCUGAAUCUUCCGAAUCUCCUUCUGUUUCUGAGUCUUCCCAGUCCGAGUCUUCUGAAUUCGCUUCUGUUUCUGAGUCCUCCCAUUUUUCCUUCGAAUCUUCUGAAUCCUCCCCCGUUCCUGAGGUUUCUCAAUCUUCUUCUGUUUCUGUUUCUGUUUCUGCGUCUUUUGAAUCUGCUUCUGUUUCUGAAUCUUCGUCCAUUUUGGAGUCUUCUCUUUCUCAAUCUAUCACUGAAGUUUCCACUUCAACGGAAACAUUUUCCGUACCUAUUUCUUCAGCGGCCUCGGUCUACUGUAUCCUUCCCAUGAAACGUGAUGCCUCUUAUGAAUCCUGUCUUACAGCUUGUGGUGUUGUUUCUAGUACUGUUGAUGCUAAUGGUGAUUCUUGUGCUGUUUUGUCUUCGAUUGUUGAAGCUUACUCAGUUUGUUAUCAAUGUUUGUCAAUCUAUGAUUCCGGUCUUGAUCUCAAUCAAUCAGUCAUUUCUGCGUUUGACUCUUGUGACCUUGAGAUUAUUGUCUGGUGUCCAGUGGAAACCAGCGAGUCUGAAUCUUUUAGUUUACCUAUUGAAACUGGUGAAUCUAGUAUUUCUCACUUUUCGGAAUCUGUUUCCGUUGUUUCAUCUGAAUCAUCCGUCAAUUCUGAAUCUGGUACUGGAGUUGAAUCUAAAUCGGAAGGUUUUACAUCUUGGUCGGAGUCCAGUGUUGAUACAUUUUUGGAGUCAUCAUAUAUUUCAUCCUUCUCUUCUUACGUUCCAUCUACCAGACCUUCUUGGAACUCAACUUUUACUACUUCUGUUUCCCAAUCUUCCACUAUAAAUCCGGAUACCUCCACCAUUAACACACAGACUUCGCUAGUUAAUUCUGAAACUUCUACAACUAGCAUUGGAACUUCUUCAGUUAACUCUGAGACCUCUGUUUCUGCAACACUUACUUCUUCAGUUAGUCCUGAAACAUCUGUUCCUGUAUCACUGACUUCUUCUGCCAACCCCGCGACCUCUGCUUCGGCAUCACAGACUUCUUCCCUUAAUCGUGAAACUUCAGUUUCUGCAUCACAGACGUCUUCCCUUAAUCGGGAAACCUCUGUUCCAGCAACACAGACUUCUUCUGUUAUUAAUUCUGAAACGUCCUCAGCACCUAGCGAAGUUAUUACCUCUGCUGCAAGUUCUGUUAUCGUUACUACGACCACUUCAUUUACCACUUACACUACGGUUAUUGGAGACAACACUCUUACGGUCACAGUCCCAUAUACGACUACUUCUGUUCUUUCUACCGAAACUGAGUUUUCCACUUACACUACUGUGAUUAAUGGUGAAACUACUACGGUCACUAAGUCUUGUGAUAAUGGGUCUUGCAAGGCCACCACUUCUGGUUCAAACGUUUUCUCUUCUUCUGGUUCGGAGUUUUCCGCUGGUACCUCUGCUCCAGUUAGUUACAUUACUUACACAACAGUUAGUGGUGAUGUUACUUACACUGUUACUGAGCCUUGUGUAUCAACUACCUCUUCUCUCGUUUCUCCCCCCUCUUCACCUGUUCCAGUUAGUUACACAACCUACGCUACAGUUAGCAAUGGUCUUACUAUUACCGUCACAACACCUUGUGAUACUACUUCAUCAAGCACAUUUUCUGCCUCUGCUUCCUCAAUUCAGACAAGCUACUCCACUUACACUACAGUUAGUGAGGGCAUUACUUACACAAUCACAAAGCCUUCUGAAAGCACCUCUUAUGAUGUUUCUUUCCCCAGUUCCUCCGUUGCUACCUGGGCUUCUUCCAGCUUUCCUCUUCCUGAAUCGUCUCCAAACCUCAACACUCAACCUAUCUCUGUCAAUAGUGAAGGCAACUCGUUGGGCACCACUGCGACAGAUUCUCCCGGUGAAGUUGGUACUGCUGUUUUGUCCUCCAAGCUGGGUACGACCUUUUCGGUAACUAGUUUGGGAAUUUCUCUGAGAAGUGAAUCCGGCAAUGCUACACCUUCAUCGUCAAGUUCAACCUUUGAAUCAGCUUAUGAGGUUGCCACUUCUUCUCCUAGACCAUCUGCCUCAUCUCAUACUGAAAGUUCUUCUGAAACUGUUGUUUCACUCAUUCCAUCUUCUGUUUCUAUUGUAGUUUCUUCUAAGUUUGAGUCGACCUCUAAUGCAGAAGGAAAACCUACUUUUACUUCUACCAAUACUGAAUCACAAAGUUAUGUUGUUCCCUCAGGUUCAAGUUCUGGUAGUGAAUCGGAAAUCUCGUCAUUUACUGUUAAACCUUCUUUGUCUUAUACUACUACCUCAUUUGUUACUGAGGGUGUCACGUAUUCAUAUGUGGAAAGUAGUCAACCUACUGGACCUGCCCAAGCUUCUGUGGAAUCUGUUUCAACGAAUGUGCCAUCCAAAUCAGAAAGCAGUUCUAAUAGAGUUUCUACCGGCACUCUUGGUGUUCCUUCACAAUACACGGGUGAAGCUCCAACACACUCUGGUGAAAUUCAACAAGUCAACUCUGCCUAUACAAUUACGCCUAAAUUUGGUGUCAUUGUUCUAAUUAUUUUGUUUUUUAUUUGGUGA